UACCGUUUUCCUUUUCUAUCUUUCAGGUUUCUGUUCAACCCGACGUGACGCGGCAUGAUGGAGACACUGUUUCCUUGUCUUAUCCUGAUGUCUUUAUUUCUUGCGAGUGACGUCGCUUCUCAGUUGGUCGACCACUCAACGCCAUUGGCCACUGCUCUGCCACCAGAACACCUCAUGAGCAGCGAAACUGAUAGCGCACUCGUAGCCGCUGAAGCCACGAGGGGUGAUGGGGUGGUGGAUGAAAGAACUAGCAUGGAUCGUACACAUGAAGCUGCAGAGACGACGAUCCCGAACAGGACAUUCAAAUCGACGUCAGUGCAGAGCGUUAGUAAGGUCCACAUGGGUUGGCCCUCAGCUUCUGCAAGUACAAACUUUACUGCUGGGGAUGCAAUCAAAACGUAUUUAGUAGGGUCCAAUCCUGCCGAAGGGGACACCAUAACUUUGAGUUGUGUUGUGUUGGAUCCAACCAUCUUGACCGUGUCGUGGUACAGAAUAGAGAGGUUGAGUACACAUGAUAUCCUUGCCCCUGCUGCGGAUGUUCAACGCAUGUCAAUAUUGCUUGAUUCCUCCGACGAUGCGCGUCGUGUUUUUAAUCUUACCAUCGAAUAUUUGCAUAGUGAAGAUAGUGGUGAGUACACAUGUCGAGGCAUUAAUCGUCCUGGUGCUGUCGCAACUCUGGACAUCACGGUUAGGUACGUACCUGAGUUGCACUAUCCAGAGUGCUACUUGAACGGUAAAAGACAAGCUAUUGUGAUGGAGGGCGAUUCUUUAAAAUUUGAGUGUAGAUCGGAGAAAGGAAUCCCUCCAUGGCAUUUGAUUUGGUUUCGACAACUCAAUAAAAGCAUCGAUGUGAUAACCACGUCAAUUGAGGAUCGAUCAGAAAUGAUUUUUAGCGAACACUCAGUCAUAGCUACACGCGAAUUAACUGGUGCCACGUACAUGUGCUCCUUGGUAUGUUUAUCACAUGAGUGCCUCAAGGCUAACAAUAAUGGCCCAAGAAACUGCAAUAUCGGGCCCUUGAUUGUCAAUGAGCGUCCGCAACCCACUACGCCAGAGAUCAUCACCAUCGACCCCGGUAUGCCGAUCGCCUCCGAGGGUGAUGACAUCGAGUUCGAUUGUUCAACGACGCUCGAGAACGGUAACGCGGUCUGGUUUCCAGUUGGCGGCGAACCACCGCCCGAUGACCAUAUCAUUAUUUCCGAUGGCGGCUCGCACAUGUCCAUCAGGAAUGUGCGGGUCAACGAUACCGACUUGAUGGCAUGCGGGGUUUUCUGCCAGGAGAAACUCGUCACCGUUCGGCAUGCCAAUUUUGAGAUACUUCGUAAACCUACAACUACACCUGAACCAACGACGACAAAAACUACGACGUCGUCAUCAACGACGGCAUCGCCAGCAGCAGUAUUAACUGUCACAGACAGACUAGGAAACGAUGCAGGUGAUAGGGAUAGACGGAAAAAUAAAGAGAUUCAGGCGCAGAGAAGAGUAAAAAUCGGCACACCUUUAGCACUUAUUUUCAUGCUUGUAAUAUUAAUAGUACUCUUGGUCAUUGUUGUGCGACUAAGAAGACAUUCAUAUCAGAGAGCGGCAACAGAGCCACCAGAUUUAGGCUAUACAGUAUGACGGAGAGUGCCUGCAACAACAAAUUAAGAAACUGUUAUUAUUGUCUUUAUAAAUUGCGAAAGGCCUACUUGGUUGUGAGGGAACCUGCGCAAUAAUGGUGUGUGAAUAUGCAUUGGACAUUGCCGGUUUAAGGAGACGCUUACCAGAAAGAUUAUUAAAACGAACUUCAGAAUAUUUUGAAACGUAUUAAAAACAUGUUUGGAAACUUAUCUGAACUGUGCUUUUGCUUACGAUUUACAUUUCAACAUUAUCUUGAAUUCUUGAUACCAUUUAAUCAUAACUCGGUUUUAACCUCGAUGCAUACAAGACUGUAAUUCAACAGAAUCAAGAAUGUUUAAUUAGAAGUCAUCACCAUCAACUGAUAUUUCAUUCAAGUAUUUACUCACAUGUAUGUCUCAAUUAGAGACAAUCCAUUUAUUAACUCAAGUUUUUUCUACCUUACAGCCACAAUAAUUAUGAAAAAUUAGUCGGAGAUGAUAGUUGAAUUCACAUCUAUUCUGGAAUGACAAGCCCUUUAUUUCCUCGCGUUUUAGAAUAUCACGAAUUUCCAACUUGCAAAACAUCGAAAUUGAAUUUCUUGUAUGAAUAGAAAUCACAAAUCAAAUUUCUAAUACCACAACCUCAAUUCUUUAAUGUCAUAAAUGGUACUUCGUGGUGUCAUUUACUAGAACCAAAAAUCUCGAAAUUUGAAUUUCUCUGAUUCAGGGCCACGUGACAUUAUAGCUACUACCAAUAAUCAUGAUAAUAACCAUCAAUUUUAUUCGUGUUUCUGGUUUUCCGUAGAAUAAUACCAUACAGUUGACAUUAAUUGUACAAUAUAAACUAUGUCUUAUGUUCCAUUUAAGGUACAAGAGCGAGAAGUUUCAUAUAUCAGUUGUGUUGAUGACAUACAGUAAAAUGAUCCGAUAUUUGUAUCGCUAAUGUCACUCGCAGUAUGUGGUUUAACAGGAUUUGGCAAUUUGUAUAUGUCAUAUACACUGCCUUUUAUAUUGUUUUAUCUUACCCAAUUAUAUUUAUCUUGCCAUGAACAUUAUAAAGAUUUGUGUUCUUAUCACCAUGGGAACGGGAAGUAACUAUCCAUAUUGUUUAUUCAGUAUUCAAAAAAUAGAAUACCCUUGUUUUUUUAACAGUAUUGGUAUCAUGUAUGAUAAGGGUUCAUAAAUUACAUUCAUGGUCCUGCAUCUUAAAGAAAGAAGUGUUACGUGAUCUUAUAUUCCUGGCUGCUUUUUUAUUUGUAAUGCACGAAAAUUACAGGCGUCAUAUUCAAACAUCGAAAUUUGACGAAAUUUUUUUAAUAAUUAUUUUUACUCAAAUAGGAUAUGAAUAUGACUUUUUACACUAAAUAUUUACAAAGUUUUUAUUUUGUCUAUUCACUGGGGAAAAUUGACGUAACAGUUGGUUUUAUGACAUUCAACUGUAACAUGCCAUGACAACUCUUUAUAGGCAAUGACUUUUAUCGUGUAUAUGGCUGAAAUGUAAAUAUCAAGAUAUUUUUUAUCGGUAUAUCCCUCUCUCUCUUUCAAGAAAACUACGGUUGUAGCUACCAGUAUAUCUUUACCUGCUAAGGCAACCAGGAUUAUAUUAAUCAACCGUUAACAUUUUACAUCCAUCAUAAUAAAUAAAAUAGUAACUAUUGUUUGAAGAAAAAAAACAGUGCGAAUGGAUCCAUAAAUUCGUAUUAAUAUCUGUGCUUGCAUAUUGGAAAUUGCUCUGUGAAUAUACAAUCAAUGUGGUGUACAAUCUGUUAUCAUUUAUUACAUUUAGUGUUUUCAUUCCUUGAAAAUCCCCUUAAAAUUUUGCUUAUAUGUUUUCCAGUCCUUAUAUCUGCCAACCAGGGACAGUUGUACAAGGGGGUCGACGACAACGACCCUUGUUAUUUUUAAAGAAGUGAGAGUUAAAAGAAUAAGAAACAGACGUGAAAAGGAAGAGUAUCAAAAUAUAUUAUGUUGUUGUUAUUUUGAAUAGGCAAACUAGUCAGUUUUGACUAUCGUUGCCUUGUUAAUUUUGCUUUCCUAUUUUUUCCAAAAACAUAAUUUCUUUGUUGAAUCUAUAGAAAAAGUAAAGAAAAGAGAGGAAAGAAAAGUUCUUAGGAAAUCGUGCAAGAUUUUAUCAUGAUUAUAAUAUCUUGUUUUAUUCAGUUAUUGAACGAAAAUGACGUAAUCUUUAGAUCGUGUUGCCCCUCCCCCACUGCUGCCAACUGUAAACUAUUUUAAAAAUGACUAUACACACUUAUAAAAAACAAAUAAUGCAUGAAAAAAGAAAGGUGCUGCAACUCAGGAAAUUUUUUUAUAGAUUUAAAAGAAACUUGAUUUUAAUUGGCUGUUGUGACCAUGGAUUGGUUAUGAUUGGAUGACAAAGGUUAUAGUACUUUUAUACAACAUAAAGCAAUACACAGGAUGAUUUAAACUAGCUAGCCAUUCGUACUUCGGUAUACUCUGGCUAAAAAGUUCAGGUGUGAAAGAGUCCCUUUAAGAUAUUAGUCACUCUCGGCCAUUUCAGAUGUUGAUUUAGAAUCAUUCAUUUUGAUAGUAAUUCACUCUUAACAUUUGCAUCGCUCAAAUUCAAUAGCAUUUUAAUAGGGGAUUAAGCCCCCCGUCUCGCUCUAUUUUUCUUCUUCGCGAUUUAAGGUCCACAGUUCAACUCUUUAAUUCUCAAUCUUUGAGAUUGUGAUUUAUGGCGUUUUCAUUUUACCAAUAGCGGAAAAUACAAAUGUACAAUAUAAUUAUUAUGCCCUUCAGCAUUGUAAAUACGAGUUCCUAUGACUCGAUAAAAUUACAUCAUUAUGUUAACUUGGAAAUCGUUUAAUAAUCUACGAGCAAGUCGCUCAAAAAUGAGUUUUACGAUUUAUAUUCAUCUCGCUCGGUGAAUAUUUAUAAAUGACUACAAAGUGCUAUCUAAAUUGCAUGUAUUAUUUUUUGUAUAUGUUCAUACAAUGACAUGGAUCUGUAUAGUAUUUAUCUUAUAUUUAUUAUCAAACUAAAAGUACCAUUAUGUAUAUAAUAUGAAUUAUAAUGUCAAAUAUUAUGGCGACGGUGUAUUUGCGAAGCAAAUAGACUCUGUCGCGCGCACGCACCAAGUGAUAAAAAAUGUAUAACAAAAUAUAUUUUAAUACAAAGAAA